AUGACCGGAAAUGCGCCUGUAUCGCCUUCAGCCACUGUGCCUUCGUCAGCUCAAUCGAUGGCUGUGCCUUCUUCAUCGACAGUACCUAUUAAGGAGUCGCAGGCACUGCCACCACCGCUAGUCCGAGGACAAAGCGAUAUGGCACCUUACAAGAAGACAGGGUUUUCUACGCCUGUAUAUCCAUCUACGCCACGGUCCAUGACUUUAGGUGCACCCCCCUCGUCGUAUGCCUUGCAAGAGGCUCAAGGGAUGGGCUACUUUGCGUUGCAACCCAAUCAAGGUUCAAGAUUGACGGGUGUAGAAGGCGGUUAUAUGUCACACUCACCAAAUUCAGUCCAGACCUUUACUGCGAAUUCGUUGAGGCCUAGCCCUACGCCUACCUAUCCUCCUCCGAGUACGUCAGUUUAUGCAUCAACACCUACUCCUGCAUCUAUGUCUAUGCCGCCCCAAGCUGUACACCCACAACCACUACCAGUGGGACCCUCUACGACAGAGCCCAUUCCCAUUCGACAAUCAAAUAUGAAUGCCUCGGGCAACUUAUCUGACGUCUCUUCACGGCUUCAAUCCCUCUCUGUGGGUAGUGAUAGCACUAUGGGUCCAAAUUCUGCUCCGAUGCCCGCGCCGCCACCCCCACCUGUACGUCAAGGCACUGAAUCAAAAGAUCUGUCGGACACACAGACGGUCCCAUCAAUUAUGAGCAGUGAUGAGGAGGAGGAAGAAGAAGAAGAAAUACCCAUGACAGCUACAAAUCUGCCUGACCUUACUCAUGUGAACCGUGCUCCUCCUGUGUUGGAUCCUCCACGGCAUGUGCCUUUUAAUGCUUCUAUUUCUGCCGCCACUAUUUUCCGCGAUCAAAUUGCUGUGGUAACGCACGACAAGAUCCGUGUACUGCAGGUUCGCCCAGGUGCUCAGUUUGAUAAAACUGUGUCAGAUCCAAGUACAGAGCGCAUUAUACCACAAGCUUUGCAGCACCAUGCCUUGCUGGGAACACCACAACACCCAUCAGCUACGUCGCGCGACAUUCGAGCAUUAUCCCUUACAUUUUGCCCACCUAUUAUUGUGGAUGGGCAAGUAUAUCCUGAAGGGCGCUUUGUCUGGUAUGGAACUUAUCAAGGUCAUAUUGGCCAAAUCGAUACCGCUAAAGGCCAGGUUACACAUGUCCGUGUCCAUGUGCACAAAUCUCCUAUUAUCUUAUUGGAACGGUUGGGUCAUUCAAUUAUAUGCGUUGAUGAUAGUGGUAAAGUGUCCUUGUGGUCGAAUCGAACUGAACCACAUUGCCUCAUAACCUCUACGCCAGAGAUGAUGCGCAUUGAUUUACCAAAGCAAUCUCACGUGUCUCUUGCUGGUGCUCUUCUAUGGGUAUGCACGGUAGCUCUUGCACCUCGUAUGCCCGGGAGACAACCGCAAAAGACGUUGUAUGUGCGCUGCUACAGCCCUUUAACCGACAAACGCCCUUUCAAUAUGAUGCUUCGACCUGGCGAAUAUGUGCUGACGGAUAUAAACGGUCUAGGUGGUGUUACUUGUUCUGCAUUUAUCCCGUCAACGCCCAACCAUGUCUACUUUGGCCAUGAUUCUGGCCAUAUUUCUGUGUGGACAACACAAGGUCAGUGUGUGGACCAGGUCCCCGUUCACAGCGAGCCGAUUGUGUCUAUGACUGGCGUAUUUAAUGCUCUUUGGACUGGUUCGCGAAGUGGCAAGAUGAAAGUCAACAUCCCUGGUGAAUCGUUGCGUGAUAUUGUUAAGCUUUGGCCAGGUCAUCGAGGCACGGUGACUCAUGUCUUGUUUGAUGGCUACGGGCAGCAGUACAUUGCUGAUGAACCUGUGGUAUGCACUGUGGGUGAAGACAACUAUGCCAAGUUUUGGGAUGCCACUUUGACCUCCGACUGGCUUAGCAAUGAAGUGAGUCGCUCUGCUGAGAUUUAUUCCAAGUCUCAUUCCUUACGAGUACUGUCCAUGACGUACAAUUUGGCGGCCGCAUCUCCUGAGGAUAUUUUUGGUCUAGUGGAUAAUAUGGGCCUGUUUCAGCGCAUAUUGCGUUCUUCUUGUGCUUCUCAAACCACGCAAGAUGGCAAGAGUGUAAUGCUUACGCCCGAUGUGAUUGUUUUUGCGUUCCAAGAACUUAUUGAUUUGGAGGACAAGCGCAUGACAGCCAAACGGUUCAUUAUGGGACACAACAAGAAAAAAGCAGGCAAAGAAACUGAAGAACGCGAGCGCAUGCCCAGCCAUUAUCGUGCAUGGCUUGAAAAAUUGAUUUCGUAUGUCCGUCUUGUCAUGCCCGAAACGCCGUUCUCUGUUGUGGUAACUGAAAACAUGAUUGGUUUGUUUACGUGCAUUUUUGUACGUUCUAGUUUAGUGCCACGGAUUCGUGAAGUACAUUCCUAUACCGUCAAGACAGGUUUAGGUGGUCGAUAUGGUAAUAAGGGUGCGAUUAUAUCUCGCUUUUUGAUUGAUGAUUCAAGCUUUUGUUUCAUCAAUUGUCACCUGGCUGCGGGUCAACGCAAGGUCCGCCAGCGAAAUAUGGAUGUGGCUACCAUUUUGCAGUCCACAUCUACGGCGCAACCUCUGGCAAAUGACCCAGCCUUUGCCCACGGUGGCGACGGUUUGCUUAUUCUCGAUCACGAGCUCUGCCUUAUGGCCGGCGAUUUUAACUAUCGCUUGAAUAUGCGUCGCGAAUUGGUGCUCUCGCUUAUUGAACAGAAGCGCUUUUCCGAUCUUGUCGCCGUUGAUCAGUUGCAUGACGAAAUACGGAACAAUCCUGCCUUCCGUCUGCGUCUUUUCCAGGAAGCUCCGAUCCAGUUUGCGCCCACGUACAAGUUCAACCGAUUCAGCAAUGUCUACGAUACAUCUGACAAAGCACGUGUCCCAGCCUACUGCGAUCGUAUUUUGUACCAUGGCUAUAUCCCUUCUAUGGUUCAAUGCACCUCUUAUCGACGCUGGGACGCCACGCUGUCAGAUCACCGACCCGUGUCGGCUACAUUCCUUGUGCGGAUUAAAUCCAUUGAUGAUACCAUCUAUUCCCAUGUUCUAGAAAAGACACGUGCUGAUUUUCUUCGCUACCGCGAGGAACUCAUCGAAUCUUGCUGUCGAUACUAUCACUGUAUAUAA